AUGCCGCCGCCGGGCGCGGUCGGCGCGGUCGAGGCCUCGCCGCGAGCGGCCGCUUCGUCCGCUGGUGCACUCGCAGCCGACAGGCUCGCAGCGCGGUGGCCGGUGCUCGGCGCGAGGUUGGCGAUGCCGGGCCGGCCGGAGGGUGGCGAUGAUCGCUGUCGUGCGCGGCCGACAAAGCGCACGGAACGCCCAAUUUGGGCUGGAAAUGCCGCCGCCACGGGUUGGCCCAGGACGGGGCUUGGGACCGGCCAGGUGUGGAUUCUCCACGGCGCUGCGGUGUAUCUGCGCGCCCAUGGCGCGUUCAGGGGCGGCCCGUUUUUAGCAAAAAGCAGAUACCACAUCGCGUGUGGUCGUCGAAAAACCGCAUGUUCGCCCGUCUGGGACCUCUUCGUACGGCUCCAAAAACCGGAUCCGCUCCUUAACGACGACUACGCGGCCCGGCGGUCGAUCUGCGCCUUCUCAGCGGUGGAGGGGAUGUGA